AUGCGCUGGCUAUACAUACUAUUCGCUUUACAGAUACGCUAUACAUUCGCUUACGAAUACAUACCGCCCAUUUUCCAAUUCGAGCAGGAGCUGGAACCAAGAUACGAAGAUGAUGAUCCCGUACGACAUCAAGUGAACGUUUCCAACCCGCAAACACGUCACGUACAGCAUUUCGACCGACGAGCCACCGCCAACAACCCCGGCGCCGCUACAUCGGGCUCGUCUGAAGGGUUGCAGGAGUUCACGCCGAUCAGGGAUACGAUACUUCAGUCGCAGGUCAAGUACUACUCGUUUAGCGUCAACACUCAAUCGGGCUUGGGGGAGUUUUACGAGCUCUUGAUCUUUUUAACUGGUAAUAUAUGCACGCAGCCGAAUAACGUGCACCCCAAUGAAACCAGCAUCGCCGUGUACUACUCGUUUAAUUCGACGAUGUUUGCUAAUAACGAAGUGGGCCAGAUGAAGCUAUUUGAAAAUGGGUAUUUCCAAGCCUUGGCUGAUUUGCCAAUCGAGCCCAAGACCACAUCCACCACCACCAACACUGGCGCUGGAGCAACACCAGUGCCACCGCAUAACCCUGCCGAAGAUGAAAAAAUCCUAUACAUUGCCGUGCGAGCGCCCCAGAAUACCAACGUGACUGCCUCGUGGACCUAUCAGAUUGGUGUAUCUCAAAACGACUUAGUUUUCCAGUGGGAUGAUCGAUCGUUUGGCUCGGUGGUGGAUACCGACGACAACCUGGCGUUGAUAGUAACCAGCAACUUGACCGCUUACGCUGGAGAUUGGGACUCGUUGAACGCCUCGGACUCGAAAUAUUUCUUGUAUCUUUAUUCAUACGAGAACAAGGAUUAUUUCGCGGGCAUGAACAAUAGCUGGUGUGCCGUGAGGAAUGGUCCCGCAUUGAUGGGACCGGGAAGCAUCCAGAACACUUAUACCACAAGAAACGGCGGUAUACAGCAGCAAUUCAUGAUCCAGGGCCUAAAUGAGCUGACGCGUUACGUUGCCUAUAUCGUGGCUGAUUUCCAAGGGAAAGACUUUGGCGGCGCCUUGUACCAUCCUUUUGAGUUUGAAACCAUGUCCAACUCUGCGUGCGAGUUGAUUUACGAUUUGGACUUUUGCAAUCGAGUCGCCUAUAGCGUGCCGGCACUCGGGGACGCGUCCAUGGCCGAUAACAAGGACGCCACGAAACGCAUCUAUGACGAUCACGUCAAGAGUUUGUACGUCAACUUCUCCAAAGCACUCCAGCAGAUUCCAUGCGAUACCAACCCCGAGGCGAUAUUUUCGAACUUGAAAAGCUGCGAUGAUUGCGCUGAAAGCUACAAGGAUUGGCUUUGCGCCGUGUCGAUCCCCAGGUGCAACACCGAGAACUCAUCCGACGGCUACAUACUACGCAAUCUGACUCAGCAGAGAAACGAUUUCAUGAAGAAUGUCAUUAAACCGAGCCAGCCGUUUUAUGAAGUCUUGCCCUGUGUCAACGUGUGCCAUGCCAUCGUGCGCGAUUGCCCUGCUGAUUUCGGGUUCAUGUGUCCCACGGGCAACGAUACCAUUGCCUUGAGCUACUAUUGGGAUGACGAUAACCCCGGCCAGUGGCCCAGCUGUAAUUAUGUGGGUAAAAUGGUGGCGCAAACGAGCGGGGUCGCGAAGCUACUAGCCAACGUGAUGCUAGUGGCCCUCGUCGUCUGCCUACAUUGGAUAUAA